ACGCACCGUUAUCGGAUCGUGGAGGAAAAUCGGAGCUCGUGAAAAUUUCCCAUUUUCAGUUUUCUUUCAGCUCAGUUAGACUGUUCAGCUCUGUGGACGCGGUUCGUAACGUGGCGACGUAUUGUGGGUCAGUUUUUCUUAUUUUCUAGUUCAAUUAAGCUAAUCUGACCAAGCGCAGCUUAAAACUCGGAACGACAUCGACAAGUGGCUAGGUGGGGGGAAGGAAUGUAUUUUUCCACCAGGAUUCGAGCAACCUAGAUAUAAAAGUCCAUUUUUGUUGCGUUAACGCAUGAAUGACGAAAAAAUAUGCCUCCAGGCAAAGUAAGCAGCAAAAAGGAUACUGAUGCGAGUGUGGAAUGGUUUAUUAGCAAACCGUGAGAGCGAACGGGAUGGUGACAGUGCCAUCAAGGUUUGAAUCUUCUUCGUAGUGCUGCAUGCGGUGCGGUCGGAAAAGGAAAACCUUUUUUGCGUUUUCGUAGUUCAGUGGGAAUACCAUAGAGGAGCAGAAAAAAACAUGAAAGCCAAGGUGUUAUGAGAAGGAUUUUGGAAUCCGCCGUCGAUUGGGUUCUCGCUUGCAGUGAUCAUCAUCGAGAAGUUGAGUUUUCAUCCGGCGAUAAGUUUUCCAAAGAGGUGAUUAAUGUUGGCACUGAUGGAAAAGUUAUGUAUUCAACGCCAAUAGAGUCGCUGCGAUAGCGAUUUGUGUCGACACGUGAAUAGGAAAACUUGGGCCACACGAACUGUGUCGGAACGGGCAUGAGAGUGAUCUGGUUGCGGGAGAGAGGGAGAGUUCAAGUGAGCAAGUGAUUGUGUUCACGCGUAGGACAUCGAAGUGAGGAAAACAGCCAACUCAAGUAUAAAUAUUGUGCAAAUGGGAGAGAGAAAAACCGUAUGCCGCUGUGUAUUCACUGUGAUUUUCUAUCGUUUCGCGUAGUGUACUCGCUAUACUACAAUAUCAUACAACAACCGAUACAUAAUCCGUCAUCAAUCCACGCUCAGGUGGUUGCUCCCUUCGUGCGUCGGGAGGAAAAACCCACCCUCGCUGCUAGUUAAUCGUGAAUUGCAACAGAAUUGCUCGGAAAGAGAAUCGUCGCCGUUCCACUGAUAUGUUCGAUGGGGGCUAUUAGGUGGAAAAUUUGUUGUCCGAUGUCGUGUACUACAGCCGCAUAGUAAAGGAUACACAGAGAAAAAUCGCAGUGGUCGGUGUUGGUGUGUGGCACCAGUCAGUGUCUCCUUCAGUGUGUAUAGCGAAAAAAAAAAAAGAAACUUGUUUGAAAAGUGCUGCCAAUGAAAAGAUAACAAGCUUUGACGCAGUUUUCUCUGAUGUACCACAAAUAGAAAAUGGGGUCGCCAGUGGGUGAACGAGACGGCUGAGUGCGAGUGUGCAUCGUCUUGAAAGGAUACGUGGAAACGCGGUCCGGUGGUCGCCUGGACACACAUACCGUGCACCGCAAAGGUCACAAUUGAACGGGAGACUCCUGACUGCAACUGGGUCGGACCAGACACGAGGUCAACGACGGCGGUGGCGUUGUCAACCAAAUUGGACAACAAUCGUUUGCGGUUCAACACGGGGUUCGGUCGCCACGUAUCCGCAUUGGGGUCACGAUUCCACUCAGUAGCCGCCCGAAUUGCCAUCUGGAUAGGUACAGUGGCGUAGAGGUCCUGGAGCAUUUCUACGCACGUCUGCAGGUGGUUCAAGUGACACGUGCGGGACACCGAAUGAAGAAGAUUUAUUAGUGAUUUGUGUUCUGGUGAAAAUUGGGGCUCCGUGAGACGGUGCGGAAUAGAUCAAUUAGAGCAUGAGGGCACGUGCAAGUGAAUAUCGAAGCUAGGAAGUCACCGUAAAGGAAAAUUGGAUUAGUGUUCAGUGAUGGUGAGGGGUAAUAGCGGAAAAGAAAUCCGUGUGCAAACGGAUCAGUGACCAACAAUAACAAAUUGUGGUGACCACUGACCAGUGCAUUCCGAUUGGGUUUAGAAUAGUUAGUUCCAGCUCAGUCGGAAAAUCGCCAAACCAAGUAACGCAGAUCUUGUGAGAAGUCACUCGAGCGACCGAAGGCAAAAUGGGCUGUGGGCAGAGCAAAAUCCAUCUCUAUCCGAGAAAAAACAAGAGCAAAUCCAACGGCAAGAAAAGUGGACACAAAGAUGCCGAUGCCGAUGAAGAGGACGGACACAACGGCCGGGAUGAGCGGGACCGCGAGAUUAAUGGCGAAAAGGAGAAACUGGACGAGGAUGGAUCACUGCUGGACGAUAGUUCUCCGGAGCCACCGAACGGUGAAAUUGUCUCGAUACUGCGGAAAAACGGAUCUCUACUACAGAGCCAGCUAUCACCAUCAAGGGAAAUUUCCACCAGCCAACAGAACUUUUUUCGAAUGUUGGAUCAAAAAAUUGAAGAGGGACCCGACUAUGAUUCGAGCAGCGAAACCGAACUGGCGCUGGAAGAGGCACGGAUGAACGCCCUGGUGCAUCACUGGGAGUCGGCCAGCUUAACGACGUCGAUGUGCUCUUCCACCAGCCGGUCACUCCAGGGAACUCCGGUGCGACAGGUGCCACUCAGGCAGCCACCACUGAGGCCAACAUUCCAGCAACCGCUAAGCGCCGAACUGCUCUCUCAGCAGCAACUGCUUAAACAGCAACACCAGCUAAUCCUGCAACAUCAUCAGCAACAGCUGCAACAACAACAGCAGCAGCAGCAACAACAACAACAGCAGCAAAUCAUACACCAAAACUUCAACAUUAACAUGAAUAUCAACAGUCCGAAGCGGGUAAUCGGUAGCGGGAAUGCGGUGAGUGUGGGCGGCAUCCCGGUGGGGUUAGAAGGUCGCCAGUUGCUCUCGCAAACCAUCAUUCAUCAGAACUAUGGCGUUUUACAGCCGACCCAAACCGCGUCUCAGUUACGUCCCAGCUCGGGGCGGACUCUGCCGACACCGGUUCAGUGUUUGCAGCUGUCCUACUACCAACAGCAGCAGCAGCAACAACAGCAACAACUACAACAGCAGCAGCAGCAAUCCCAGGGUCUAAUCGGAUCACUGGCGGGCGUAGGCUCCUUGCAGCAAUACCAACAACAGCAAACGAUACCACCUCAUUCGUACUACAAUGAUAUUCUGAGGCAUCCUCUACAGCUCCAAUCGCAGCAACAGCAAUCCACCUCCGGAAUCGCGUCGGUUUCCUCUGCGCUGGCCUCGACCGGUGGACCCUCGUCAUCAGUGAUACCCGUUGGCGGAAGCGGGAGUCUUCUGUCAUCCCAGCAGCACAUGUCACCUCCACAACCUCCGGAUGUACCCCGUUUUCCACCCGCGAUAUCGGUCCAACGUCUAGCACCGCAAGUUCAACGUCAAAUCCGCGAAACGCAGGAACUGAUUAAGGACAGCUGCUCGCAGCUGUACGCCACCAACAACUACGGCAGCCCCGGGCCGCCCCCGAUGGCACCACUGCGGUCCAACGCAGCCGCCGCGGUCAAUGCCGUUGCGGCGGCUCGGGCAGCUGCUGCGGCUGCUGCGGCUGCCGCUUCCAUCAAUCGACGACCGCCGCCACCGCCCACGUUGGAGACACAGUAUUCCCAGGAACUUUCGUGAUAUCUAGACAAGUAGUGAAUCCAUUCUAGCAGUAAUUAUCUCUUUUAUCCCGACGGCCGCGUUCGAUCGGUUUCGCGACUCGUGUUACACCUUUCUUCUGUCCAUGUUGUGUUUUUUUUUUUAUUUUGUGCGAUUUGUACGAAGCACGGCCAGCAUUUUGGCCCAGCCAAAUUAUGAUUUAGACGGUUAGUAACUAGCAGAAGUAUACACAGAAAAAAUUCGGACGUGAUUAAAGAAAAAUCUGAUUCGUUAGUGCAAUAAGCCUCGGAGGGUAUGUUGUUAAUUUUUUUCGUACUUUCAGGCAAUUUUAAUUUGGUGAAUUCAGCCCUUGAAUUGAAAAUCAGAAAAUCAAGGCGAUCUAAAUAAAGUUUGGAAAGUUUUGGUAACCAGAAAAAUAUUGGUGAAUUGUCGUUUUUAUUUUAAUUGAACUGUAAUAGUUAUAAUUUACGAUGAUUAUUAUGAAAUAAUACAAACAUUCAGAAAAAGUAACAAAACACACACACACACACAUAAACCGUGCAAAAAGAGAGAUCCGAUUGUAGUUAUGAUUCAUAGUAUAGCAUUCUAUAAGCAAAUAAGCAAGUGUUGAUAUAAAUGAUAUAGAAUUUAGACAAAAAUACCAAAACUAUAAUAAAUUAAAACAAAGAAAGCAGUCAGAAAGACGGUAGAACUUAACGCAAGAAGGUGAAAAUUAAGGAAGCCAACACAAUUAUUGCAAAUAUUAGAUUAGAGAUAUCGAAAUGAAUUGCAUCUUUUCCGGAAUCGACCCUUACACAUCCGAUGAAAUAUAACCCAACUUUGCAGCACACCGUAACUAUACACAGUAGAAAAAAAACUCAGUUUUAUAUACAACAAUGGACCCAACUCUGAUACUGAUUCUGUUGAGAAAGCAGCAAAUAAAAAGUAGCGAGAAGUAAAAAAAAACAUGGAAGCUAAACAAAUCCGUUUUUUUUUAAUUAAAUCAAGCAGAGGCAAACUGCUCGAAUAGCCGUUUGAUAAUCGUAUAUAUAUUUUUGUAUCUUUUUGUAAAACAUCCACGAACACAUAGAUGAAAGUGAGUAAAAUAGCAAAGGAAGAAAUAAUUCAAUUGCGAAAUACAUAGUUUUUGUGCCUGAUUCAGAACACACUCAACUCUGCAGUGCAUACCUACAUAUUAAAGUUCAUUCAUUGUGUAGCAAAGCAACGCGCGGGGAGGACGUUUUAGGAAUGUAGAAUUAAAACCUAUAGUCAAGUAUCCAAAUUAAGCCGAGACGCUGGAAAAUAUACCAGCUGGAUUCCACUGUAAGAGAAACCGUCAUCAUGUUAAUGUUUUUCACUCAUGAAAAAAAAAACCUUUUUGAACACUAACUCUCUCCGUUAAAUUUAAACAAAAAGAAAUAUAAAUAAGAAGAAAAAAAAAUCAGCACGUCGAACCGAGGCGUUAUUCCAACAGCAAUCUGACAAUUUCUAAAUUGUACUCCUAGUCCCGAGCAGAGAAUAAUGUUGUCAUUGUUUAGAUAAGAUCAGUCACUCAAACAACACACGAGCGAGAGGGUGAAAAUAUGACUAGCAAAACGAGUUUGUGAUCGUUACCUACUACAAAUAGGAAUCCGUAUUCUGCAAUGCCAAAUUUGAAUAAGUAAAAGCCAACCAGCUUAAAGCAGUCAUCCGUCAUUUGUCAUCUGUCAUCUGUCGAAAAAGCAAUCCCAGUCGGUAAAAGGAUAUGAUCACUUACUCCAUAUGUCACCAUUCUGUAUUCUGAGCCACAAUCCAAAAAUAAAACUAGUCGUACGUUAGGGAAUUCAGUUUUACCAUUUUCCACCCGAAAACAUCACUCGAACGGACAGACGUGUUGACGCCAAACGAGGAGUAAAAAAGGAAAGGUGUGGCAGAAGGUAGACGGCAAACAGAGGUGUUGAAUUGAUAAAUUCUAAACGAAAAAAAAAUAUACUUGUUCAAAUUACUACUUACAAACAAAUGUGUGAACGGUUGAGAUCCAGUAAUAAACAAAACAGAUUCGAACUACUUCGGUGUUAAAGAGUCUAGCAAAUAAAUGUGUUCCAGUCAUACGAAACAAGCAAACAAACAAGUCAAACACAAAACCACUGAUUGCCGAUCACUCCCAUGAACAUGAACCGACACACACACAACUCAGUGCACUUUUCCCACGUUUAAGUGAACUACAAAAAGGCAUCAUCUCAUCUGUACCAGAAUGUGAAAAAAAAUGAAUAUACAAAAGUCAACCGUGAAGGAGAAAAUAAAUACAAAUGCUAAGAGAA